CACACACACACACACACCCUGGGUGGUGGCGUAGCCUCUAGGACUGUCUGAGUUAGGCUGUCCACGCCCGUAUCUGUUCAAACACCUGUCAGCUUGCCACACAGCUAGUCACACUCCCUCUCUCUCCGUUCACACACAGACCUAGCAAUCUUUUACCUAUACUUGUGUCCCUCACCUGCUCUCACUCUACCUGUGUGGGAUUCUCUACAGUUUGGGAGACAGUCUGUCCCUCACCUGCUCUCACUCUACCUGUGUGGGAUUCUCUACAGUUUGGGAGACAGUCUGUCCCUCACCUGCUCUCACUCUACCUGUGUGGGAUUCUCUACAGUUUGGGAGACAGUCUGUCCCUCACCUGCUCUCACUCUACCUGUGUGGGAUUCUCUACAGUUUGGGAGACAGUCUGUCCCUCACCUGCUCUCACUCUACCUGUGUGGGAUUCUCUACAGUUUGGGAGACAGUCUGUCCCUCACCUGCUCUCACUCUACCUGUGUGGGAUUCUCUACAGUUUGGGAGACUGUGGAUACAGUAUCCAGUGAAAGUAGGGAGCCAGCGGAGGAAUCAUAGGAACCAGAUUGGGAGCCAGCGGAGGAAUCAUAGGAACCAGAUUACAAACGACCCGACUAUGUCAAAAGAGGGGGACAGAGCAUCAGUGUUGAAGACCUCUAAGGUUCGGACCAAGCUGAAGGGAGAUGCCAGCUGGAUGCAGAGACUCAGUGAACCUCAGUCUGAAACAGAGGAGGAGAAACCAUGGAUGGCAGAAGUUAGAGUGAAUCGACUGAAUGGAGCCCCUAUAGACACCAGCCCAAUAGCCUCUCCCACAUCCAAGACCCCUCCCUCCCCCACCAGACCUGCAGAAGAUGGAGCACCAUCUCCAGGAUACCUCAUCAGAGGGGUUUUUACCGAGACAGACACCAAGCCUGCUGCCAACUCAUCAACAUCCAAUGGCUUCAGUGGGUCAACAUCCAGCUUCACCAAGAGGCCUUCAGAGAGCUACAAGAGAAUAGCUCCUCACACAGUGCGUCCCACCUCAAACCUCCCAGUUCAAACUGAGGACCAGCUUUCUCCAGAGGAGAAUGAGAAACGGGAAGAAGCAGCCAUGAACGUGCUCAAGACCUCUUCAGUUCGACAAUGCUCCUAUGUCCUCUCAGCCGCCAAUAAAUAUGAUUGUACUGACAAACCACCAGAAACCUCCCUGACCACAGAUGUUACAUCUUUUGUGGCUAAAAGGGUGGUGAUCACAGACAAUGAUGACUCUAUCGUCACUGAGACUCCCUCUGUCCCCAAAGAACCAGCUGCACCAUCUGUGAAAGACGUCUCUCCUGUAUCUGUGAAAGACGUCCCUUCUGUAUCUGUGAAAGACGUCCCUUCUGUAUCUGUGAAAGAUGUCUCUCCUGUAUCUGUGAAAGACGUCCCUCCUGUAUCUGUGAAAGACGUCCCUUCUGUAUCUGUGAAAGACGUCUCUCCUGUAUCUGUGAAAGAUGUCUCUCCUGUAUCUGUGAAAGACGUCUCUCCUGUAUCUGUGAAAGACGUCCCUCCUGUAUCUGUGAAAGACGUCCCUCCUGUAUCUGUGAAAGACGUCCCUUCUGUAUCUGUGAAAGACGUCCCUUCUGUAUCUGUGAAAGAUGUCUCUCCUGUAUCUGUGAAAGAUGUCUCUCCUGUACCUGUGAAAGACGUCCCUCCUGUAUCUGUGAAAGACGUCCCUUCUGUAUCUGUGAAAGACGUCUCUCCUGUAUCUGUGAAAGAUGUCUCUCCUGUAUCUGUGAAAGAUGUCUCUCCUGUAUCUGUGAAAGACAUCUCUCCUGUAUCUGUGAAAGACGUCUCUCCUGUAUCUGUGAAAGACGUCCCUUCUGUAUCUGUGAAAGACGUCCCUUCUGUAUCUGUGAAAGACGUCCCUUCUGUAUCUGUGAAAGACGUCCCUUCUGUACCUGUGAAAGACGUCUCUCCUGUACCUGUGAAAGAUGUCUCUCCUAUAUCUGUGAAAGACGUCCCUUCUGUAUCUGUGAAAGACGUCCCUUCUGUAUCUGUGAAAGAUGUCUCUCCUAUAUCUGUGAAAGACGUCCCUUCUGUAUCUGUGAAAGACUUCCCUUCUGUAUCUGUGAAAGACUUCCCUUCUGUAUCUGUGAAAGACGUCCCUCCUGUAUCUGUGAAAAACGUCCCUUCUGUAUCUGUGAAAGAUGUCUCUCCUGUAUCUGUGAAAGACGUCCCUUCUGUAUCUGUGGUGGACAUCCACGUAUGUGUGAAAGACGUCCUCCUUUCAAGCCCUGUCAUAGUUGACACCCCAGCAGUGAUUGACCCUUAUGAGGGCAUGAAGCCAGGGCUUACCAAAGUGGCCACUGAGCUGUCCCCAGAGAGUAGUGUCCUGUUGAAAGUGGUCUCCCCAGUGUCCCCUGUAUUAGUGUCCCCUGUCCCAUACAAACCAGUAAAGACAGAUCCUGCCCCAGUGGACACUCUGACAGCCCUGUCUGACACACUCAUCUCCUUCGACACAGAUUCAUCCAGCUCCAGAGUCCCUGACCCAGUAUGGACAGAGACAGCAGAGCCAGAGGACAGAUUGCAUGGUGAGCCGAUCCCUCAGCUCAUGGUUGAUGAUCUCCUUGAUGAUCUCACUAACGGUCUAGAAGAGGAGUUGGUAAAGCCCAUCCCUCCCAGCCCAGGAUUGAGGAGUCAGGAGCUUCUGAGUGGAUCAGACAGAGAUAUUGUCUCGACAGAGGUAGUGUCCCCUGACAGUUUGAACCCUAGUACUGACUCCAGAGAUAUUGUCUCGACAGAGGUAGUGUCCCCUGACAGUUCGAACCCUAGUACUGACUCCAGGUCAUCUGACAUUGAUUCACCGUGGGAUAGAUGGAGUGCACCAACUGUUUAUAAAGAGAAGGAGGACAGUUCUAGCUCCUACUCCAGGACCUUGGACAGUUCUGCCAACCAGAGACCCAAGUCACCAGACACCGAGUCCAAGAAGUGUUUUGUGUACCUGAAGGAGUAUGUGGACGUUACAGAUCUAACCAAGCACAACACUAGAGACAACGAUCAUGACUAUGUAACAUCUAGUUCUACCAGCCAUUCCUACAGUAGCCCCUCCUCUUACACCAGGUCUACCAUGACGUCUGCCUGUACGUACUGUGGAGAGCAGGUGGGCAAUGAUGCCAAGAUCACCAUCGAGCACCUCAACAUCUCCUGCCACCCAGCCUGCUUCAAGUGUGGUGUUUGCAGUAAGCCAAUGGGAGACUUUCUGUUCAACAUGUUCCUGCACAAAGGGAAAGUCCACUGUGAGAGCUGCUAUGCCAACGUCUUGUAGGAUGCUUCCUUUCCUUGUCUCCUCGUCUCUUUUCCUUCAUGGCCACUGAGAGGUGACAAGACUGGAUGGUUGAUAUAACUGCUCUUUCCCAUCAAGACCUGUCAUCUGCUAACAGACACAGGGACACUGCACCAUGAGUUUGACAUUAAUUUCCAUGUGUGAGAUUUUGUUUUCAUACCUUUGUAUGGAUCUGAAUUUCAUGAGGUUAACACUGGAAUUCUAUGGCAGUUAUUCUAUGGUUUAAAGAGAAUAAUAUGAUCAAAUUACUGAUAUUGUCUUCCGUCCAUUUGAAUGACCACUUUUCUUUUCUCCUUAAAGGCCCAGUGCAGUCAAAAAACGUGAUUUCCUAUGUUUUACAUAUACUGUAUUUCCAUGCUAUGAGGUCGGAAUAACACUACGAAAUUGGGAAAAUUAUGAUAAUUCUCUUUAAGUGCGUAAGCUCUGUUUGAAGAAAAAUAAAAAAACGCUAGAAAUGUCUGCUUGUUUUAGUGGGAGGAGUUUUGGCCAGAUUGGCGGUAUCACCAGGUGGUAUACGAAUAACAACUUGUUUUCAUCAAACAUAUCCUCCCAUUAGGCUCGUCCAGUUAGAACUCUCACUCAGGCCUACCAAAAUUGUUUUUCGAGAAACUGCUCUUUGCUUAGAAGCUAUUUUUGUUUCUUUUUGACAAUUUUAGCGAGGUAAGUAAUUACCCAGAAAUGGUUUGAUAUUGAGAUAAAAACGGCUGCAUUGGCCCUUUAAUGUCGUAACUUUGUGAAUUUAUUGUGAAAUAUGAAGGAACUGUAUGUAAAAGUCUCUAGAUAUUAUUAUGUAAUGACACGAUUUAACUGGGAACUGGCUAUGUAGAUUAGCAGUUGGGUACAAUUUCCUAAUUUCAGGCUUGACUAUGCAAAGUCAAUAAUUAUAUAUUUUUUUCAAAUUUUAUUUUUUAAUUGUCUGAUGCCUUUUCCUCACAAUAAACAAUCAAAACAGA